CUUCAUGUACCUUCAUGUGUGACUGAAUUUUCGUUAAUAAUAAGGAAAUUAUUCGAAUGUUAGUUUUAAGAGGUUUAUGAACAGUCAUUGAACGAUAAACAAUUGGAUACCAGCUCAGUGCAUUCACAACUGGAAAUAUAUGAGUUUGUCACGGUCAAAAUGUGCCGAUUUUAGCAGUAACCAGUUGACGUUUCACAGCUGAUGUAGUACUUUCGCAAAACCGUUAAACAAUCAGUUCCAGAAUGCCUGUAUCCGAGCUCAAUCUGCAGGUGAACAUCUCCGUGGGCGGUGUCCCAUUUAAGCAGGAUAAGCAUCUCAUGUUCAUCUUCUGGGGCAUCAUCUUACCAGUGAUUGGCAGUUUUGGAUUGAUCGGGAACAUGCUUAACAUUAUUGUCCUAUUUCGGAGGGAAAUGAAGUCCACGACAGUGUAUUUCUUACGAACUCUUGUCCUUACAGACACGGGUAUUAUUGUCGGAUGUAUCCUUGGAUUAUCCAGUAUCUCCAUAACGCAGCUCCAUCCAGAUAAUCCAGCAAUGAACUACUACACUCACGUCAUUUACCCGCACAUGUACACACCCAUCAAUUUCAUUGUUAUGGCGCUGCAAUUCACCAACGUGUGGGUGACUGUGGCUGUUACCAUUGAACGUUACAUUGCUAUAUGCCACCCGUUCAGUGCCGACUUUGUCCGCAAUAAAAGAAAUACUUUCAUUCUGAUCGGUUGUAUUUGUGUUAUUGCCAUUGCAUAUAACAUACCCCGAUGCUUUGCUACCAAAGUCACGGAAUGUGAUAAUAGAACUGAGUGUGUCACGUCAUGCGUUGGCAAUAGAAGUGAGUGUCGUUCUGGUGCCAUGCCCAAUGUCACGGAAUGUGAUAAUAUAACUGACUGUAUCACGCCAUGCGAUGACAACAAACGUUAUUGUCUUUCUCUUGUCACUACAGAUCUGGGUAGAACGGAGGGGUAUGAACAAUACUAUAGUGUCUACGCGUACAUGGUUGUAAUAUACAUUGUACCUCUUGUAAUUCUCAUUAUAUUGAAUAUUUUGUUAAUCAUCGAGUUGAUGCGCAUGCGUAAGAGAAGAUCGGCAACAUUUCCAAGCCCGAAUGAGAACAGUGAAACAAAUAUGAGCAUUGUACUAAUUUUGAUCGUUGUGGUUUUUAUUUUAUGCCAAACGCCAGGUCUUGUUGCACAGUUUUGGUUUCUAGACCAAGACAUGUUAACGAAGUGGCUAUGCGUGAGCAACACACUGUUUGCUCUGAACUCUUCUGUUAACUUCCUCAUUUACACAACGGUUGGCCGAAAAUUCAGAAAGGUUCUUUUCACAAUUUUCCGUUUACAUGCAAAAAGAAAAAGAAACCGUGGUGCCCGAAAUGGCGCCACUGAAUUGGCAACAUUAACAAAAAUGCCUGCGUACGCUCCAGAAGAUGAACCAGACGAAACCCGUCAACUGAAUGCGUGAAUAAGUUUGCCGCUUGAUCGAAUACGUUGAAAGAUUGACGAUACGACUUACAACCGAAAAAAUGCAUUUUAAAAUGUGAAAACAUACCUAAAUCUAAACCCUCUUCUAUCAACGGAAACGAAUGUGUAAAUGGGCAUUUGAGAGUUUGCAUGUUGUUGUUUGUUUAACAUCAAGGUGUUUUGUACAGGUUUAGUAUGUAUCCGUUCAUAAUGUAGACUAUGGCUGCAGUUUUGCAAGAUUGUAGUAUAUGGUCUUGGCCGUAUGUUGAAAUGGCGAUUUUGAUAAAUAAUUACUAACCCACUCGCGAACCUACGAAAUUCGCGUUUUUCAAACAUAGAGAACAAUAUCAACCGAUACUAUUUUCGUGUUAAACUAACGUAUGUUUCAUAUUCGUUGAUUUAAACUAAACAGCUAAGGGAAUGUAUCCUUCACAACCACAUUAUUAUGCCAAUUAAGUUUUUUAAAGGGGUUUUGUUUGUCGAAUGCGACUGUUUAUGACUGUUUCACUUUAUUUAUACUUAUAACUCUGGGUUUUACGAUAAAAAGCUGCUGCACAUAUCAUGGUUACAGUUCUUAUAUCAAUUAAAAUCAUGUUACAAUUCUUACUUUCGAAAACAUGUCAACAUAGGUUAUGGAAGUAUAUAUAAUCACAAAUGUGUUUCUAUGCGGUAUAAUUAAACACUAUUUAACCAAGACUAUACAUGUCUUUCAAAUGAGGUGUUUCUUUCAGAUUGGAUAGAAACGUGUGUUUUAUGAAAAAGCAAAUGCCGAUGAAAACUAUGUUUGUGUGAAUUAUGGCGGCUAAAAAUAUGAGAAGUAGAGAAAUGUGUUUAACAGCGGAUUUUUAAAUCUAUACUACUGUUCAUGAGGAUUAAAAAACAUGAAAAGUGCAAGAUAUAUAUAUAUAUACAAUAUAUAUUAUAUAAUUACGAUAUGUGAUGACAAACAGUGUGCAAGAUAAAAACAACUGGCGAAUAACCGAAACACACACAAACUAUGGCUAGUGCGAACUAACGGAGCGUCAAUAUGAAUAACAGUCAGAUGGAAGGACCACGAACCCCACAAAGCCAGUCAAGUAAUACUUCUAUAAACCAAAUAUACAUUUUGCUGUGAAGACAUCGGGUGUGGUAUCCACAAGGGGCUCGAUGAACGGACAGCCAACGCCAACAUCGCUGGAUAGUUAACGAUAUGAUUGCUAAUUUGUGAUUGUUAAUUCAAUGAUUGGAUAGCAUCGACAGUGAAAUUGCACAACUAGAUUCCAUUAAAACAUCUGUUAACAGUUUAAAGGGGCCUUUUCACAGAAUUUGGCAUUUUUUUAACUUAUUCAUUAAAUGCUUUAUAUUUAUAAAUGUAAACAUUGGAUCAUAAAAGCUCCAGUAAAAAAUCAAGAAAAAAAUUAAAAAAAGGAAAAGAACAUUGCACGGAGCAGGUUUCGAACCAGUGACCCCUGGAGUCCUGCCAGAGUCCUGAAGUAAAAACGCCUUAGCCUACUGAGCUAUUCCGCCGAGUACACAUUCUUAACGUAUUUUAUACCUUAUAUAAGCAAUCUUCGUAGUUUCACAAAAUUUAACGACAAAAACAGAACUCUCCAAAUUAUUCAAUCGUUUCGCGUUGCAACGCUUUAUAAUUUUUAGGUUUUAAAAUCGUCAAAAGAUGCAUAUAAUGGCUAUAUUAGAGCAUGGUUUAUGUUCAGUAUUACUGUUUCCUCACAAAUAUCAUAACUAAAACGAAAACUUACGAAUCUGAAACAACUUUUUUCAAUUUUGUCAAUUUACCAAAGCGUGAAAAGAUCCCUUUAAAUUGCCGCAUGCAAAACAUGAAAAGGAAAACGAUCAUUUAUAGCAACCAAUAUGUUCCUUCUGAAUGUCCAAUUAUAACAAAAAUAAAAGUAAGGAGAACGCAUUAGACGACGAAAGGAUCCAAUUGUACACUCGUCUAUAAAGUGUUUGAUGUCGUUUCAAUCAUCUAAACCAAAAAAUUACAUGACUUAAUGACUACUUGCUAAGUGAAGAUUAUGUAAGGAUGUAAGAGUGUUUUCAGACUCUAAGGGGAUCAAUUAUAUAAUGGGCAUUGUCCAUAUAUUCUCGCUAGAGCAUGAUUAUUGAUAAUAAUUCAGCGUUUGUCUGUCAGUAUUUACCGCAUUUUGUUCUGCGGUAUAUCUAAUAAAUGGAUAAGAUAUGCAAUGCUAGUAGUCAAACCAGAUAUCCUGUCGAUAUGUCAUUAAUUGUCAACGCCUAUGUGGUCAACUUCUCUAAAUGCUUUGUUAAGUCUUUGCUGUGUGUAACGUUACAUGAACUGCUUCAGGACAGGGGAUAUACUCAAUAUCACUUCACAUAUACAAAGACACAAUUUUCUACACGUGAACAUUACCUGAAAUCUGGAUACGACCUUAGCUUAAUCUCAUUGUUUUUAUUAACAUGCUAAUAAAUAAAUACUUUUUUAAACAUUCAACAUUUACCAUAUUGAAUGUAUGCUAUUAUUGUCUGAUAAUACGAUGUUAUCAACAACGUAUUUUAUUUAUCCUUUCGCAGUUAUAUCACUCACAUUAUUAAAAUUUAAUUGUUAUUUUUUAAUCAUAAAUAUGUUGUGCAAAAACUUUGUUUAUUCAUUAUCAUUAUAGUAUCCGAUCAUAUUUUCAAAAAAAAAAGAUUUGUGUAGCUAAAUGCUGCGACCUCUUUUUUUGUAUAAUAUAUUUGUUAAUAUAUAUCGUUUUUGUUGUAAAUGUGCGUUUGACAAGUUAUGAUUCGACCAUUGAUGGUCAAUUCAUACUCGAUGAGAUUAUACAUAUAUUCGAUAAACAUAAUCUUCUAGCUAAUGUAACAUUCAUUGAAAUUGUAACACAUAUUUGACCAACAUUAUUUAAAUUGUUAAGAGAUUGAUCAAUCAAGAGCUGUUCUCUCAAAUCAUUAGCAGCGAAGAAGUAACAAAUCAAUUCAUUAUCAACGUUCUUAACAAAUCGCUGUUGAUGUCAAUUGUACGACAGUUACAUUACGUUUGACUAAAAUAUAGUUUCAUUCCAUCUCACAGUAGGAUUUCGUCAUAUCGUCUUUAUUAUAUUUAACAUUUGCAAAGUGAUAUUAAUAUUGAUACAAUUGUAAACAAUUUAAAACAAACAUACAAAUUGUAAAUUGAGUUUUUACCUUAAGUUGUAAAGCAUU